UUAUCCAAAAUAGGCAUCUGGCCAGCCAUAGCACGUCUUGAGAAGAACAUGUGAACUUCUUAGCUUAACGGCGUAUUUCAUGAAUAACUGACUGUGGAUCAUGAAGUCAGUGGCUUUUCUUUGUAACAGAGUAAUUCUGAUUGACCUAACUGGUCCCGGCGUGAUAGUAUAUGCACCUUCUGAGUUUGCGUGUACCUAAGUAGGUAGGUAAUCGAAAUCGUCAUCCGAUGUAACGCUUAACUCAGACACUGCCGGAAACAGACGGCAGGGUUAUUUAAAGAAGGAAAUGUUUGUGAAUAUAAGUUUUCGAAUCCCCAGGAUUGUCUCUUCCAAGUAGUUUGACCUCAUUGCAGACAAGUUAACUCAGAGAACUUUGCCUGAAACCGACUACACUACAAAGUUUCGGCAUCACGGAUCACAAUGGAGCAAUACUAUACUCUCGCCGAAGGAUGUCCCUACGCCAACAAUGCCUCAUCAGUGCAGCUCCGCAGCAGUACUGGUCGCGGCGGUCUUGUACUGAUGCAGGAUACUCAACUCCUUGAGACUCUGGCCCAUUUCAACCGAGAAAGAAUUCCUGAACGAGUCGUCCACGCCAAAGCUGCAGGAGCUUACGGCGAGUUCACAUGCACUCAUGACUGCUCCGACCUUACAUCUGCCAGCUUUCUGAGCCAAGUCGGUAAAAAGACCCCGCUGCUUCUGCGCGUAUCCACGGUUGCACAGGAAGCCGGCUCCUCAGACACGGCUCGCGAUGUGCACGGCUGGGCCAUGAAAAUGUACACCGACGAGGGCAAUCUGGAUUGGGUCUUUAACAACACCCCCGUCUUCUUCGUGCGAGACCCGUUGAAAUUCCCAUCUAUGAAUCGGUCCCAUAAGCGGCAUCCGCAGACCCAUCUGCCGGACCCGAAUAUGUUCUGGGACUUCCAUGUCGGAAACCCCGAAGGCAUUCACCAACUCAUGCAUCUUUUCAGCGAUCGAGGAACCCCGGCGUCUCUUCGUCACAUGAACGCCUAUAGCGGACAUACGUACAAAUUCACCACCAAGGACGGUAACUUCAAAUAUAUCAAAAUACACAUCAAGACCACCAUUGGCGUUCGCAACUUCACCAGAGAAGAAUCCGUCAAAGUCGGUGGCGAGAACCCCGACUUCUUCAUUCAGGAUCUGUUUGAAGCUAUCGAAAGGGGCGAUUAUCCCGUUUGGAACGUCUAUGUCCAGGUCAUGGAACCUGAACAGGCGGAAAAAUACCGAUGGAAUAUCUUUGAUAUGACCAAAGUCUGGUCGCACAAGGACUUUCCAUUGAGGCAGAUUGGAAAGAUAACCUUGAAUCGCAACCCCAGCAACUACUUUACGGAUAUCGAGCAAGCUGCCUUUUCGCCUUCGACCAUGGUGCCAGGUUUCGCACCCUCAGCGGAUCCAAUGCUCCAAGCGCGAAUGUUCGCCUACCCCGACGCAGCCCGGUAUCGCCUCGGAGUCAACUACCAACAACUCCCCACGAACGCCGCCAAAGCACCUGUCUACUGCCCGUUCCAGCGCGACGGCAAGAUGAACUUCUCCGACAACUACGGAGCUGACCCCAACUACACGGGAUCUUCUCUCAAACCGACCAAGUUCUACCAGGACAUCAAGGGCCUCGGACCCAAUUCCAUUAGCACAUUGACCGAGCACGAGAAGUGGGUCGGAGAAGUGACUAAUUUCGAGAUGCAUAUGACAGACGAUGAUUACGAACAGCCCGCUGCUCUGUGGGAAGUCAUCGGAAGAGAGCCCGGACAUCAGGAGCGGUUCUUUGGAAAUGUCGCUGCUCAUUUGAAUCAGGUCCACAGUGAUCGACUUCGCAAUGACGUCUACAGUCUAUUCGCACGCGUUAACCCAGAGUUGGGAGCUGGUAUCAAAAAGGCAACUGAAGCUCUUCGCUCUAAGAAAUAGGUGGUCGGUUGCCGGUGUAUCCGCAGGCAGGAUUGAUUGAAAUGUCGAGGAACUAGUUGGUCGAAUCAGGCCUGGAGAAAUCCUUUAAUUUAAUUCGGAGAAAUGUCACCCGUGUCUUUUCAUGCAUUCAUUCCUCUCGUAGUGUUAUGAUGUAUUAUUAUUAAACGUGGUCGAUCAUUUGCUACGACUGCGUAGGUAGCUAGCUGGUCGGGCUAGCAAGCAACAAUAAGACUGGCAGUACUUACUUUUAU